AUGAGUUUCAUAUUCAUGACACAAGGUUGGAUGAGACCGGAAAUCAAUAUUUUUCUUGAGACUCCUCUCGAGUACUUUCAGUCGCUAUCAGUUCAAGCUUUGAAGAGCAUUGGCUUUGCUGUCAGUCACCCAUUCUGUGGAUGGUACAGAGAUUUGGAGGAUCCUCUCAAAGUUUUGAAACCAGAGCAAGACAACAACAAUGACGAAAUGGGGGAAACAUUUCAAUUAGUUUUCUGA